AUGUCUCUCGUUCUCCCCGAGGCCCAUCAACAAUUCCAGCACAUCUUGCGUCUUCUCAACACCAAUGUUGACGGCAAGCGCAAGAUCAUGUACGCUCUGACGGAGAUCAAGGGUGUCGGUCGCCGUUAUGCAAACUUGGUCUGCAAAAAGGCCGAUGUCAAUCUCGACAAGCGUGCCGGCGAGCUCAACUCGGAUGAGCUCGAACGUAUCGUCACCAUCAUCCAGAACCCAACACAAUUCAAAAUCCCGACAUGGUUCCUGAACAGGCAGCGGGACAUUGUCGAUGGCAAGAACUCGCAAAUUCUCUCCAACGCCGUUGACUCGAAACUGCGUGAUGACCUUGAGCGGCUGAAGAAGAUCCGGGCUCACCGUGGUCUCCGGCACUUCUGGGGUCUCCGUGUGAGGGGUCAACACACCAAGACGACCGGUCGCCGUGGUAAGACAGUCGGUGUGUCGAAGAAGCGUGGUUAG